ACGGAAUACAUUUUGCAACACUAUAUCAAUUAACCUCAAAUCAUCGCCAAAUCCCAGCUCGUUGAAUUUGUUAAUAACCGACAUUAAUUCUAUAGUUGACUUCUGUGGCCGCAUUUGGCCUGCGGCAGUGCCGAGCGGCAUUCAACAAUGCCAGCCAAGAGAGCGUCAACAACAGCACAACCAGCUGUCACAGCCAGCACAACAGCGACAGCAGCUCCACUGAGUAACAUGUCCAACGGAAUGUCGCGGCUAACGCCAGCUAGAGAUUUGACCCUGGGCGGACGCGGUGCAAGCACUGCUAACAAGAAAGUGUUUGCGCCCAAUUUAAAUGCGGUACGCAACAAAAAUAUUAAUGUAAAGACGUCCAAGGACUUUACCCAGCCUCGAGGCGGACGCCGUGGUGCUCGUGGCGCUGGUGGUGCAACUCGUGGACGUGGCGCUGGCAGUGGCAACUCCACACUCAUUCAAACGACGGGCGUUUUCUCAGAAGGCGCUGGCGCCGUGCACAUACGAAAAUCCUCGGGCGGUGGUGGUUCAUCCUAUGCGCGUGGUGGCGACGAAGUGACUUUAUCGCGAAAGCGCAAAGAUGAUAAAACGCAGGAUCAGCGUGUGCGGGAGUUAAUAGGUAGCGAUACCAGUGAAGACGACGAAUCCGCCGAAGAGGAAAGCGAGCUUGAUAAGACUGAAUUGAACUUCAACCCGGUGAUGCUCAAGGAAGGACUCUGGAACAGCCAGAAACUCAACAUAAAACAGGAAGCAGUAGCCAUACCAAAGGAAAAUUUGGAUGCAUCGGACGCUGUAGCUGUGGCACAGCAUUUGCAGAGCCUGCACGUGGGUAUGCAGGCUGCUCCGGAAGAGCCACCCGCACAAUACGGGCGCUAUCCACGCAGUAUUGCCGCCUUUCUCGAAGCGCCUCAGUCGCAGCUGUUUAUCAUGCAACUGCCUAAUGUUCUGCCCUGCGUGGCAGAUGAAGGUGAAGAUGCACCGCCAGCAGCCCCAGAGCAACCAGCAACGAGUGCUGCCACAGAUCAGCCCAACAGUCCACUGCCCCCUACGGCUGCUGGAGGUACGCCUAAGCCCAGUCUAUUAGCACAGCUGGAGGAGGGUCAAAUUGGCAAGAUAUUACGUUAUCGUUCCGGCCGUGUUAAACUGCAGCUGGGCGACACGCAUUUCGAUUUAGAUUUAGGCUUGGAUUCAGGAUUUUUGCAGGAGCUCAUGUCCAUCAGCAGCAAUCGAGAGCAAAGGAGCGGCAACAUGAUUAAUCUUGGUCCCAUCCAGGCCAAGCUCAAGGCAACGCCCGACUGGGAGCAUCUAUUCAAGCAGCUGGAGACGGCUGCCAGGCUACCAAAAUCCGCAACGUCUACCUUGCCCACAGCAGCAACUGGAGCCGCUGCUACGUAGCACUCACUAAACUUUA